AUGGAUAUCGCAGCACGGGUGAUGUCUGUCGUCGGUCGGACGUCUUCUUCCGAUCCGCCGACGACGUCUGCUCCCAAUAACCCUCAAAAAAUCGGAAAAGUGAUGGACGUGAGCGACGGAGCGUUCAUCGGUGGCUUCAUUCCAUGUAAGAUUUCUCGGUUAUCCAGCCAGGCGGACAAAUGUCAGUUUCCAGCACUAAUAGAGAAACAGAGAUAUCCGUACAGCCGUCCGGAGUUUCUCUUUUUCUCCGACGAAGAGAUCGCGCUGUCCUCCGACCACUCGGUCCGUCCCGUCCUCUGUCCUCGAUUCCCUCAGCGAAUGCCUCUUUAUGUCGGUUAUGCAGAAGUCAUCAAUGCGGGUACACAAAUCUAAAUUCAACGAACAGGUUAUAAAAAAAGAGGGAAUUCAGGUAAAACAGUACAGAAUGAGGACCAGGCAACUGCCAAAAUGCUGGUGUUAACGCAACAAGGAACGGAUACGAAUGGAUCGAUUGGAGCGAAAAUGGAAGGGACGGUGACGAACGGAGUGAGCCACGAAUUGGAUGAUGACCCGAUGCUGACUCCUGGAACCGACGACAGUGUGAGCAUAUUCGUGUUAUUAAAUCCAUCCGGAGCCUUUUUCCGUUCAGGAGAAGCUUUCUCUGUUUGCUCCGCGAGCCGACGCCGCUUUCUUUAGUCUGUUCGAUGGCCACGCAGGCUCAGCUGUGGCCGUCGUGGCGAGUAAAUGUCUGCACGAGCACGUGAAGUCUCGGCUCUGCGAAGUGCUCGACACUCUUCUCAGUCUGGACCGACAGGAGAAUCUGAACUUUGGAAAACAUCGUUCGGAAUCAUCUUACAGUAUGAGCAAGGUACAGUCCUCGAAAAAAAAGGUUGGACUAGUUAAUUUGAUAAAGAUGUGUGAGGAAGAGAGUCGCAUUCGUAGUGAGCAUCUGGUGAAAGGAGCUCUCGAGACGGCGUUUCUCGAAAUGGACGAACAGAUCUCACAGGACAAACAAGUUUGGAGGCUUCCCGGAGGAUGUGCGGUCAUCUCGGUGCUUGUUUUUCUGGGAAAAUUGUACGUAGGUACGGUAGCUCUCAAGAGGACACUGGCCAUUUUAUAAUCCGAACAUAUUCAGCCAAUGCUGGAGACUGUCGAGCAGUUCUAGUUACUUCCGAUGGAACGAAACCGUUAUCGCGAGAUCUGAAUCCAGGCUCCGAACGGAAAAGACUUCAGGAACUUGCUUACCGUAAUCCGGAACUGAUCGGAAACUCAUUUUCGAGGUUGGAGUACUCGAGAACACUGACGAGAAGGGACCUAAAGUCAAGAGUUUUGUACAGGUAAAGUUGACAAGGAAUGCCUCGCAAUCGCAUGAUUUCAGAGACUGGUUUAUGGACGGAUGGGCUGUGAAAACGGUGAAAGAAUGCGAUCUGCGGUCCCCGUUGAUCAGUGAAAACUCCCGAAAACGACGUCUUCUGAACACGAUCGGAGUGUCUCGCGGAUUCGGAGACCAUCAUCUGUUGACGGUCGACGAGCGGAUCAGCAUAAAACCGUUCCUUUCGGCCGUUCCGGAGGUGACCGUCACCAAUCUGAGGGACAUGAACACUCUCACCGACAGAGACGUCGUCAUCGUCGCAUCCGACGGACUCUGGGAUGUUCUGAGCAACGAGGACGCGGGGCUCAUCGUUCGGAGCACUCUCGGCUCGACGGAAGCGUCCGACGUCUCGAGGUACACUCAGGCGGCACAGGAUCUUGUGGCAGCCGCACGUGGCCAGCAAGCGGCGGGCAACCUCAAGAGAUGGGCGAUGAACAGCGGAGGCCAUGCCAGUUAUGACGACAUCACAGUGAGUGCCCUCACUCUUAGCGAACUCGUACAUUGCCCUUCCGUUCAUCCCAUUUUGUGUCUGAUUUUGCUCACUUGCAGGUAUUUGUGAUCCCCCUCAAAUAUUGUGCUGCUCCGCCGACGAAUCUGGAGGAAGAGGAGGACGACGAGAUGUUGAGUCUCGAGUAA